UACUUCCGCGAAGGCGGAAGUGAACUGUCUGCCAAGGUAAAACAAACAUGGCCGCGGUAGCAUCGUAAACGAUGGUUUUGAGGCGACUGUAUGGCAACAGCGGCCGAACUCGAGCACGGCGACAGGGCUCGAGGCUGUCUGUGUGUCCUCUGCGGUCUCCCCGCCGCGGGGAAGUCCUCGCUGUCCCGUAGCAUUUGUCUCGCCGCUGGUAGACAAGGUUGGAGAGCCGCUGUGCUACAGUACGAUGAGCUGAUCCCGGAUCAGGCUUUUCACGCAAGGGAGGGACUUCCAGACGAGGAAACUACGUCACAAGAAUCGCGCACAGAUUGGAAAUUUCACCGCAAUGCGGUGUUGAAGAGCAUUGAGCAGUUCCUGGAAAAACAGGAAAUAACGCUCAAGCCUUUAGGCAACGGCAGCAUCGAUGGGCCUACGUGGGAACACACCGUCAGCGCUCCCCUGACGCUCGAACACACUCGGGCUGAUACAGAGCCACUUUUGUUUCUGUUGGAUGAUAACUUCUACUAUCCAAGCAUGAGAUAUGAGGUCUUCCAGCUGGCUAGAAAAUAUUCACUGGGUUUUUGCCAGGUGUACGCGCAGUGCGCCGUCGAGCUGUGCCUCAGCCGGAAUGAGAACAGGCCUGGUCCCGUCACAGCCGAGGUGAUCAUGGAGAUGGCAAAACGUCUGGAAUCUCCAAAUUCAAAGAAAAACCAGUGGGAGGCAAAGAGUGUCACAGUGGACACCUCAGAGAAUGUUUCAGAAUGUGAAAUUCAGAAAGUAAUGGAGUUGAUCUCAUCUGCACUCAGUGAGCCGUUGAGUCCAGUUGAGGAGGAUGAAGAAUUCAAGGAGGCAGACCGCCAAAGAUGCGCCGCCAGCAUCAUUCACCAGGCUGACCAGGCCUGUCGCCGUCUCAUAUCCGAGACCAUGAAAAAAGCCAAAGAAACUGGCGUCUCCUGUCAAAACAUGAGGUCUUUGGCCACUCAUCUGAACGAAUCUAAAGCACAAUUUCUCCAAAAGCUGCGCGCACAAGUUCUGCAAAACCCAAACUUAUAUCAAGAAGCCAUGGAUGUGGAUCAUGUGGUGAAGACGGCGUUAGCACGUUUUGACACUGAAAGACAAGAAAUCCUGUUGAAAAUAUUCCAAAACCAUUUAAUCAUUUAAUUGAUGGAUCUGUUGAAUGAGGCAUUUAUUGUAUGAGAUUGUUUAAAUGUACAUUAUCUAAAUAAUAUAAGGAAUCAAAAUUAGGAAUUUAAUAUUUUGUCCAGAACACACAGGUUUUAAGUCUUCAUUUGAAUUAAUGGUUUGAAUCUCUCCUUUAUACUGCUUCAUUUGUAAAACAAUGGACUGUCAAUUUAAAAAAAAAUCUUAUAAGAUUUAUACAUACUAUAAAAGCAAAAAAAAUACAGGCACAAUUCAAAUGAAAACAAACUCCGCCAAGAUACAAAUCUAUGUAAAAUACUGUUUUGUGUUUCAUGUGCAGCUGCCAGUGUAAAACUACAUUCUGCUAUUUCCUCACAUUAGUCACCAGCAUUUUUGUACAGUACGUAAUUGAGGUGAGGCAUCAUGACUGACAUCUGCUGGAGCAUAUGCCACCAUUUGUGGACUAAAUAAGCUCAAAACAUUAAAUAAAAAUGAACCACAAAGUGAUACACAUUACCUAAAUGUUGUCAUUUUGGAGAGUCAACACAAAAAUAUAAUCACAGAAAAACAAAUAUAAUCAAAACGAAUCCCAAAUAUCACCCCCUACAGUACACUACUCACAAAAAGUAACAAUAUUAGGCUUUCGGGUGAAAUUUCUUGAUGAAUCUUAAAUGCACAAUUGACUUCUUAAAUAAAAUCCUUCAAGUAACACAUUUAAAUACAGUGGAACAACAUAUAGGCAGACUAACAAUACUCACAGGCAUGUAUUCUUAACCUCUUCAUUAAAUGACUACUGCACUUUA